AUGUCAGCGCGGUCCGAUCAGCCAUUUCAGUUCCAUGGCUUCCAGACCACCAUUGAUGUUGCUCGUCAGCAAAAUCAUGAUGUAGCUCCCUUAGCGGGACAAAAACGACUUCCAGAUCAUAACCCGGACAAUGCUCAUAAAAUUUCCGUUCUAAGUCACCCUACCUCCACCAGCCACUUGAGUUCUCGUCCAGUCGAUUUUGUCCGGCCUUCUGUGGCCCCUCCUAGGAGUCGUCUAACUGCCAGUGAGAUCCGUCCUGUAGCGGCAAUUAUCCCAGAAAGAAAGCCGGCAACAGCUACCAGUGAAGACUAUGUCUAUGACCCUUGUCUAUUCUUGAAAAAUCCCCGAUAUGGAUUGUCACCGGCACUAGUAACUAAUUUUGCUUCUGUCGGUGUCAAGAGCAUCUAUCCAUGGCAGGCUUCAUGUUUGCUUGCCCCGGGUCUGCUUGAAGGUGAAAAGCAUCUGGUCUAUACAGCCCCUACGGGGGGAGGAAAGUCUCUCGUAGCCGACGUGCUGAUGCUGAAACGUAUCAUCGAGAAUCCUUCACGUAAAGCCAUUUUGGUUCUUCCGUACGUCGCACUAGUACAGGAAAAGCUGAAAUGGCUUAGACGCAUUGUUCAGGAUGUUGAAAAACGGAUUGACAACAUCGACGAUCAAGCAGCUGGCGCGAAGCCAUAUCAUCAACGUUGGAAGAAGCUACAAAAGUCGAUCCGCGUCACUGGUUUUUUCGGAGGUAGCAGGACAACCGCUACCUGGGCCGAUACGGAUAUUGCGGUUUGCACGAUAGAGAAGGCCAACUCAUUGAUCAACACUGCUAUCGAAGAAUGCAAUAUCGGAGAUCUGGGCGUAGUUGUCCUGGACGAGCUACAUAUGCUUGAUGAUGAAAAUCGCGGGUAUCUUCUGGAGCUGAUGGUCACCAAGAUACUUCUACUGCAGCAAGAUAUCCAGAUAAUUGGCAUGAGCGCCACUCUGUCGAACACUGAAUUACUUGCAGAGUGGAUGAACGCAAACUACUAUAUCUCAACAUAUCGGCCUAUUCCGAUUGAUGACUAUCUCGUAUAUGAGAACGCGAUUUAUCCCGCAGCAACCUCAAGACAGCUAUUACAGACGAUCACAAGAUUGGCAUCAAUGUCCACCGUAUCCCUUACGGACACUAUGCCUCCCCAUCGCAUAAUCCAGCCCCCAGCGUUUCGAGAAUUUGCAAAUCCAACCACAAAUGCGAUGGUAGCUUUAUCGAUCGAUACGGCUGCUGCAGGAUAUGGUGCAUUGGUUUUCUGCGGUAGCAGACAGGCUUGCCAACUUCAUGCCUCUAUUAUUAGUGAAGCCAUGCCAAUACCAGCCGCAGUAGAUCCAGAGGAACUAAGCAGACGAUUGGACCUGCUCGCUGAACUACGAAGCCUUCCUAGUGGCCUUGAUCCUGUCCUCGAGAAUACGCUGGUCAGAGGCGUAGGCUUCCACCAUGCGGGCAUGACAACAGAAGAACGUGAAUUCAUAGCGCAGGCUUAUGAUCAAGGUGUUUUGAAAAUUCUCGUAGCCACUUGCAGUCUUGCGGCCGGAGUCAAUCUUCCUGCCAGGAGAGUCAUUAUCAAUGGUGCUCGUAUGGGACGUGACUUGGUGGGACCGGCAAUGCUGCGUCAAAUGUGUGGGCGAGCUGGUCGCAAGGGAAAGGAUGAGGCAGGCGAGACCUACCUCAUUUGUGGAAAGUCCGAACUACAGGCAGUCUGUGAUCUGCUGGAAGCUGAUAUGCCAGCAAUCGAGAGCUGUCUAGCGCCAGAGAAGCGUGGUCUCAAAAGAGCGAUUUUGGAAGCUAUAGCUACAGGUCUCGUCUCUGGUAUUGAAGCGAUCAAGGAAUACGUGAAAUGUACCCUUCUUUACCGGACCAUGGACAAAAAGAUAGCGUACAACAUUAUGAACUCUGCUCUCCAAGAAUUGGUCAGCGAAGAUCUUCUGCAUCAGAACGACGACGAAUCAUAUGUUGCGACACAACUUGGCCAAGCUGUCGUUGCAUCUGCAUUCACACCCGAGGAUGGUCUUUUUGUUUACGAAGAGCUAAACAGAGCGUUACAGGCUUUUGUGAUGGAUGGUGACAUGCAUGUCUUCUACAUGUUCACCCCUCUCCAGGUAGCGACGACCACACAAGUCGAUUGGCCCAUCUUUCGAGACCAGCUAGACAAUCUUGACGAAAGCGGGCUGCGUGCUUUGCAAUUUAUUGGUGUUCAACCAGGCUUUGUGAACAGAAUGGUUCAAAGCGGUGCAUCUCUUAAAGAAGACACUCCAGAGCAGAUCAAACUGGCCGCCGUCUACCGCCGUGCUUACACUGCGCUUCAGCUUCGUGAUUUGAGCAAUGAGGUUCCUCUAUCGGUGAUCGCCAGUCGCUACCGGACCCCUCGCGGGGCAGUCCAGACAUUGGCCCAACAGUGCCACGGGUUUGCCGCUGGUAUGGUCAAGUUCUGCCAACGCAUGGGCUGGGGAAUGCUUGCGGCAGUCCUUGAUCAUAUGCGGGAUCGAUUGGAAGCCGGUGCUCGCGCUGAUUUAUUGGAAAUGGCUCAAGUCACUUAUGUCAAAGGCUGGACAGCUAGGUUGCUUCGAGACAACGGGUUCCGAAACUUGAGGGCGUUGGCAGAGGCCGAUGCAAAGGAUCUUGUCCCCAUAUUAAUGAUGGUAAAUCCACGAAAAGCACAGAGAAGCCAAGCCGACCCCUCAGAAGCGGAACGGUAUGCCAAAAAGCUGCUUGCUAAAGCAGAAGUAAUUGUUGCAUCAGCAAAUAAGAUUUGGGAACGUGAAAUGCAAGUCGAAUUGGAUGAGUAA